AUGGAAACUGUUCCGGACCCUAAUCCGACAAUCACUAAGAUUUUACCCCCCGAGCUUAUCGGUCACAUCAUCUCCCAUUUCUGCUCCCAUUGUAGCAGCGGCGUUGAAGAUGACGACAAGGGAGCAAACGCCAAGGUCCUGGUGGCCUUGACGCAUACAUGCAGACACCUUCGCUCAAUUGCAAUGCGAAUCCUGUUCCAUAAUCUUGGUCCUCAUCUUCCGUCGACUUAUUUCUUUCGAGUCCUGGAUGACCAGCCAGACUUAACGCGUACGGUGAAGCAAUUAUGCUUGCCGCUAUCAACGCCCAAGAGCUCAUGUAUCAUAAACGACUCCGCUCUUUUCACGCGACUUGCUGAUAAGCUAUCACUCAAUCACGAAUGGACCGAAACGACACAAUCCUCUGUGGUCGACGUUGAAAUAAGCCUCGCCAUGGCCUUGUGCUCUGGCAUAGAAGGCUUGAAGAUACGAAUCUUGGACGAUCAAAUUACGAAGCGUACGAGGCAUUUCCAACUUCUUUAUUCCCUGUUGGAGAAUCGAAAGCAUGAAGAAUUCUUCCCCAAGCUUCGACAUCUUGAUGUGGAUAAGACCGAAUGCACCAAGUUCAGCCUUUGUGAUCCAGAGCCAAUCCUUCUUCUGCGGUGUGCACCCCGUCUUCAGACACUGAUUCUCCGAGGUCCUGGCGAGAAACCCGCUCGUCAGAAUAGUGACUCAGCCAUACAGGAAUUCUGCGCUAGUGUGACGAAUAUUAAGGACCUCCAGAUCGAGGGCAUGGGGCCGGUUAUUACAGGAAGUUGGCAGACUCGUGCACUCGAGCGAAUACUUGGGGCGGCUCAGAAUCUCGAGACGUUCAGAUUUGUCGGUGUUGGCAGUGGUCAAUGGCGUGAUUAUGUCUCUUUGAUCCCAGCUGCACAGUUCCUCGAGUUCCUCAACCCACAAACAAAGAAGACAUUGCGGCACCUCAGUUUGAACUUUGACAGGGUACGUGGUAGACGUAACCUUUCGCGACGCCCCAUCACACCCCAUCAGAUCAAGCAGUUUACAAGUCUAAAAACACUCGAAGUUGAUCCCUCGUGUUACUGCACCCAAAGUGGCAGUGGCGGCGUUGGCAUUGAUCAUUUUUUCUCUUUUGAUCCAAGCCCUCAGCCACAAGGCUCAACUCCAAAUAUCGCACCUAUCUUUGAGCAAGAAACAUACCUAGUCGACUUCCUGCCGCAGACAGUUCAAACCUUGGACCAUCUUCUUGGACAGGUGGGCGAUGUAUGGGCUUGUGCAUGA